UUCACCGCACGCCAUAUUUGCAAGCAUUACAAAUUGGAAGCUGAAUGAGUGAUGCGACAAGACAACAAGAAUCAUUUUUGCGUUUAUUGAUACCUAGUGUAUUCAGACCGUGUUGUUGAUUAAAAAUUAGGUACCAGUGAGGGACGUAAUUGAGAAAGAAGCUCACAAAGAGAGAGACUGCUGUAGACUUUGAACCCUGAGGAUCGUUACAAAGGGGGUUUUCCCUUUUGUCAAUUCAUACGUGUGUCCAUGACAUUCCAAGAACUUGGUUCUUUGAGCUUUGUGUGUACCCAAUUGGGAAUUCCACCAAUUGGGAAUACCACCUAUAUACCACGUGUGAAGAUAUCUACAUUUACAUGUAGUUGAGUAUGUGGAACACUGCAUACCACAUUGUACUGUUAGCAAGUGAAAGAGAGAAUUACAUUUUAUAUUACUUCUUUGGGCGAGAAACACUUAAAAUUGGACAAGAUUCUGUAUUCGUCGGAGAUGAUACCAGGAAAUGUAUUCUGUAAAGAUUAUUAAAAGGAGAAAUAUUUCUUUUGAAAAGGCUUUAUUAGCCUACUGAGAAUAGCAGUACAGUAUCCUGUAAUUAUUUCUGGGGCCCCAUGCACUGGGAAUCGUGUAUGUGCAUACAGGAAAAACUUACCUGAUAGUACAAUUGUGGUACUUUCACAUAGAAAUCUGAGUUUGAAGAGGAAGAUAGACACGAAGAAAGGCAGGCCUUUGCUGGCACACUUUGAACAAAAUCAACUUGUUUUUGUUGUGGACGAUAAUUAAAAAUAACCAUGGCAACGGGUACCUCUACGAUUACCCAGACGGUGCAGGAGGACACGGAGGAGAACGUGAUUGAACAGACGGAGAUGAUCGUCAGAAACUUCUUCCACCAGAGGCUGGCGAUGGACAUGCAGGAUCAGACGAAUGAUAUUAAUAUAUCAACGCCUAGGAUACCAGAGUUACAGAAUUUCACUGCAGACCCUUUAAGUCCGACGUCGAGAGUAGGGAGGAGACUAGCUCAGAUUGGAGACCAAAUAGAUGCACAGUACGAGGGAGAGUUCCGUCAGAUGAUCCAGAUGCUACACAUAACCCCCUCAACCGCCUAUCAAGCAUUCGCCGGUGUAGCAAGAAGAUUAUUUAUCAAGGGCAUCAACUGGGGGCGUAUUUCGGCGCUUCUCAUGUUCGGUUACCGUAUCGCUAGAGACGUGAUGACGAGUGUGGGGGAUUUCUUUCACAAGAUUGUCGGCGAUCUGGUGCGUUUCAUCAUCUCAGAGAGAAUCGCAACAUGGAUAGCACAACAAGGAGGCUGGAUUUCAGCGCUGAACUUCAGAAUAGAGAACCCCGGUGUAGGCUUCAUUGCAAUAGCAGGUCUGUCAGCGUUAGCCAUCGUGUGUGCAGUCGUAUGGUCAAGAUCUAGAUAGAAUAGGGGUAGCAGCUUAUGAGGGGGAUGGGUGUAAAACCCCAGUGACACUGCCAAACCAGACGUAAACCAACCUUAAACCAACCUCUCACUAACCAAUAAUCAACAAAACUGUCUGCUAAGGGAUGCCAGUUUUCAGGCAAUAGCUUGAAUCCCGGCCCUGGCGAGUUAUUUCCAGACUAUAGUUGAGGCUUUUUUGUGUAAAAAAUAGCUCAUUCUAGGUGAUUUUCAGGCCCUCUGAUCAAUUCUAACUGGCAUCCCUGUCUGCUGUUCGAUAUGAUAUUGAGCUACAGUCAUUGUUUUGUAAGACUAUUACAGGUGAUAUCGACCUUCGAGCGGUUCGAGUCAUUUCAAGAAUUUGUCAGCUGUAAUUUUUUUAUCUUGUGUACAUGCUUGAAAGGGCCUACGCUGACAAUUUUCUGGAGGCUUGUUGUCGAUUGUCCUAGGACUAUUUGUGGACAGUUUGCUUGAUUGGUUCGUGGCAAAUUAUAUUUGGUCAUGUUUUCAGUCAUUUUGUUGGUUGAUUGGUAGUAGUGGUCAGUGUGACUGGGUGUAUACAAUGAGGUGCUAACCCUAUUUCUGUGAAAAAUUGUGUUACAUGCAAUAAGCCAGUUCAAAGUUGCAGUCUGAGCAUGAGCAGAUAAAGGUCAUAGCCGACCAAAUUGUGAAAUACAUGGAGAAAAAAAUACUGGACACGUAUAUGUCAUCAUUAUUCAUUUAUGUACAAGCAGUGCACUCCAUGAUACACAGGUGGAAGUAUUCUUUGAAAAAGGGGAAACAAAGGCUAUUUAUGAGGCACCUCCGUCGCUGUAGGAGGGAUUAUUUCAAAAUGUACAAAGUUGGAUCUCUUCAUGCUUUGAAAUUCUGUGGAUAUUCGGGGUCAUUUGGGACAUGUGCUAACCAUGAACUGGUCUAUUGGCAUAAUUCUUAUCCUAAAACAUGAAAUUCAGCCAAUGACAGCUCUAGGCCAUAGCUGCUUGAAAGAGAUAGUUGCGUCACCGGAAGUUGCUUCUGAUCGGUCAGGCAUUUCAUAAAGCCCCAAAAUAGCUCCCUCUCAUAGAGAUUGUACAUGGGAGGGAACUAUUUGGAGCAACAUGAUUAAACCACCAACCCAUCUUGCAUACGUGUAGAUGUGACUGUCGCAACUAUCCCUCUCAAUAAGCUGUGCUCUAGGCAAGUCUAACCCUCCAUCAUAUUGUGUUAUGUAACAACGCGUUUCUCAGAACGACACGCUCGCGGGUAAGCACCUCAUUGCACCAAUCCCCUCGUAAUGUAUGUACUUACAUGUAGGAAUUUUCGUCUUGCAUUGACUGUAUAUUCUCAUUGAAAUGGAUGCAAUGCACAGGGUUUGUUCACCUUUACCAAUCCGAAGCAUUCACACUGACUGGGUUUUCCUGCUUGCAGGUGUAUAGCAAGUGCUGGAUUUUAGAGGACCCAGGAUGACUGAAUGUGACAUUUUUUCACGUUUUAAAAACGUUCAAAAUGGAGAAGCUUUAAUGAGCCUGGAAAAUGAAAGGAACAUGUUACAUGUAGUCUACCUCCUCACUACUACCCAGACUUCGUGUUGCUUUUUCUUUUCAAAUAUUCUCCAAAUUCGGUGAGCAGAUGCGUGGAAUUAUCCCUGUUCAAGACUAUUUAUAUACAUGUAAACUAUAAACUGUAAUUGACAUCGAAGUGUAUAUUUCUUACUUGUUGAACCGAGCAAAGUUUGGUUAAGUACUGUGAAAAAAAUUAAGAAUUUAUUAUGUCAUAUGUAGCAGUUAUAUGUGAGGAUAUGGUCUUAAUCUUGUAAUAUCAGACAGGAUGAUAUUUUAUAUUUUCUCAAUUUUACUAUCUUUGUAUGUCCUGGUCGUCAUACAAAUAAUUUUAUAAAAUAGGGUGUUUGUAAUGGAGAGCAUCCCAUUGGCUGAGAAGCUAUCACAUGACACUCAACAUGAUGUUAUAUGCUUGUGGAGUACAACACCUUUUUUUUUGCCCGGUAUAAUGUGCACAUAAAUGAUUUAGACUGCGCACCCUCUUCCCUGCACGGACCCAUUGAUUCCAUUGUCUUAGCUUCAUGGAUCUGACGCGAAACGCAAUAAGUCUGAACGUAAUCGAGAGCGCCCGACUCCAAAAUAGCAAGGUAUGGAAUCACAAAUACAUGUACCCUUGAUUUUAUAUAACAUAUUGCAUCCAUUUCAGCUCCAAAUUCAGAAUUUCCCUCGUGCCGUUAUGAUUCAACCUCAUUCUGCAGCCUCUUUGAAAUAUAACAUCACUCAGGAAAUUCUGAUUUUGUUCUAUUGAACAUCGGAGCAUGCAAUAUAUAUGUAUAAUAUCAGUCUGGAUAAAAAAGGCUGCCAAACUUCACACAAUAAUUGAACCAAAAUUGUACGGGUUUAAAGCCCCACUGCGCUAUUUAAAGCUACAUGUACUUGCGCCCUCUAUAUAGCAAACAAUGCCUAAUAGGUGCCUAUUGGUCCCCCAUGAUCCUCUUUUUCUUAUGUUAAUUAAGAGCUGAUUUGAUAAGAUAACCACCUUCAGUGACCUUGCAGGGAGGUCUAAUCCCCCUGGCCAAACUAGUACAGACAGGCUUUAAGUUUGUUUUGCAGUUGCCCAAAUGAUGUCCACACAUGCUUACUGUGUUUUGAUGACUUGAAUUAGUUUUUCUUCCAAAAAACAUUGGGCAUUAGAGAGCGCUUGCAGGGUACUCCCCAAAGAGCUCAAUAAUUUGUUGCUGGUAUUGCGACUUCAACGUUCUCGCACAGGUUAGCAUUGCGCACACGGCAGAUCACGUCUUCACGAAGGUAUUAAGCGAGGGGAAUAUGCGUAUUGUUUAAUAGGUUGGUCUAUAUGACCUUAAAAAGACAGAGCCUAAUGAGCCUGUUUAUUUGAUAUAAUACUGAAUGUAAGACAUCAUUACAGUGUAAAUACAAAGUAGAGACUUGGAAGAAGAAAAAUCCUUGAUAUAUUCAUGUAUUCUAUUUCCUCCUUUUGUACCGGACAAAUAUUGGAUCCGACUGAUUUGAAAAAAAAUGAAAUAUCAAUUUUCAGACUCUGUAAAUAGUACCGGUACUCGUGAGGAUGAAUAAAAAAACCUGCGCUGGUUUGUGUUGGUCAAAUUAAAGUGCUCCAAAAAUUAAGAUGAUGGACUUUGUUGAAACCAUCGUCUAUUCAUUGAAGUGGUAUGCUAUUAAUGCUAGAUUGGUGACCAAUCUCUAAACAUGUCGAUUCGAAAUGCACGGCUGAAUGCUUAUAUGGACUUAAUCCAUUCAGACUUUAAAAUGUUAUCUACAGAAAACAGAGGUCUGCUAUGUGAGAGUACAGAUAGAAAGUUCGAACUAAGUUUGACCAAUCUGAUGUUAUGAAGGGCAGAAUGACCAGUGUGUAGAUGUCCAGGUGAUUGUUAAAUGUUUAUUUUUAAUGGACUGAUAUGUACUGUAAGUUGAUAUAAGAGUAGACCUGUUAACUAAUGUAUUUCAAUAUAUGCAAGUUUCUCUCCCAAACCCUUGAUUAUCAACUAUUAAAUUCACUUGCUAUGCAAAAUAGCAUCUCUGGAUGGAAUUCACUUUGCAUACAUUAAUUGUUGCUAUGUCAGGCAAGCCUCAGACAAGCUUUUCAGUUGUUAAGAGAAAUGUUUGUUUAAAAAUCGAUUAAAUUAUGCUUAAAAUUAGUAAACAGGUUUAUUGAAUGCAAUGCACAUCUACCGCUUUACAACAUAUCUUUCACCGAAAUUUGAAUAGCAUGUUGGUUUUAUGAUUGAAGAUUUUGAAAAGAAAAGAUAUGUAUCACAUAAAUUGAGAUUGAUUCUUCGUGUACUAAUACUUUUCAAUGUAUUUCAUGAGGUUAUGUCGCCUGGCUUUGAAGCCGAAUGGAGCAUUUUUAUGAUGAAACCAAAUCUAAUGCAUACGUCUUUGUGAAGUGCCUUGAUACAAAUUAUUUCAUUCAUCUGUUUCAAAUAAUCGUAUUUCAGUAGUCAGAAUGAGAACUGAAUACAUUAGUUGUCGCCAUGUAGUACAAACAUUAUGGCUUUCCCUACCUAUUACAACAACUUAUAUUAUUUAUAUAUGUAUUUUGCAUUCUGACUAUUGAAAUACAAUUAUUCAUUACAGGUAAAUGAAAGAAUUGUAUUGAUGCACUUCAUAUUCACAUUUGGUUACAUGAGUUUGUUUCGACCUGGAAGUUUCCUGAAAAUGAAUUAGAGAUGCCCUUGAUUUCUUCUUUGCUUUUAAAGUCCCCCGCACUUGUGAUAUGUAACGCUAAAUGCACUCGAGAGAACAUUGCAUAUAUGUACAUUGUAUCAUGUUCAAAGUCUUGUCUUCUUGCGAAUAAGCAGUCUUAACUCCUGACUACUGUAAACGCUGUUAUUUUCGCGCUGAGCGACCCCAAAACAUAUUCGCGGUUCUUAAAUUCACGUUGCACCAAAUUCAGCCCCUAAAGAACACGCAUAAGAAGUCAUGUUUAUAUUUUCGCAGGUUCUAAAAUUCGCGGACACCGAUUUAAGCGCAAAAUCCGCGAAUAUUAAUGUACCACAAAUAUUUCUGCGUUUACAGUAUAUGUGUUUCAUAAAGAAGAAAGUACUGAUAAGCUUGAUAUUUAUAUUGAUUGCAAAUAUUUCGUUGAAUUGAAUGUAUUUUGCUGACUUGACAAAUAAUGAUUUAAUGGAUGAUUUAAAUGUAGCACUACAUCAAAAUGUAUGUGAUGGUGGACAUAUUGCAAGAAUUCUUCAAUCAUUUUCCAAUUUCAUGCAUUAUGUGACUAAGUACUACUGAAUACUAAUACAUGUGAAUUAAAAUUGUACAUUUUAAGCUAAAAGUUUACGGCUUCAUAUCUGCACGAGCCGUUAGUGUACAGCCGUAACAGAAUAUAACUUCCCAAAUAUGUUUGGUUUUGUAUGGGUUCUGUUAAUUUUUUUUAACAUGUAAAUUACAUUUUGUUAUAAUGUGAGGUUUGCAAAAUAUGAACUUGGUUUUCUUUAUCAGUUGUUAUGCGAACUGUUUUAUUUUUGUUUUCUCCAAGUUGCCCUGUUUGUAUUAUGAAUGUACAGUGUUGGCUCCCUUUUGGGUAUUUUGUGGAGAUUUAACCUUAACCCUAUGAUGGCUGGGUUAUUAUGGUGCUCUCACUGUUAAAGGAGGGGGAGGGGGGGGGGGGGGUGGAGAGGUGGCUUCCACCCCCUCCCCAUCUCGGCCAAAGAGUGAUGAGACAUUCUGAUACUUGGCUUACAGAUAGAGUAUCUUGUCAAAUUUAAGGCCAUGGCGUUUCAUUAUUCAUUAUUUCAUAUCUAUACCUCAAAUAGUUUUCAAAUUAUUGGUAAUAGUCACUAUUCACAUCCUCGCUAAUUGACAUUUCUGGAUUGUGUACAAUACAAAUGUUCAUUUCGGCGGCGAUUUUUUACGCUGCGGGUACAUUUAUUAUCAAAUGGGGUUGUGGGUUCUGCCCCAGCCCUUUUAGGGUUAAUUGGAUCAGAAACUCUACAAAAGUAAAAACUACCUUUAGGUCUCCUUCAGAUAUGACGAGGUAAACUGCUUCAAAAAAGUGCCCCAGUAGGGAAAGAAUUUUCAAUUUAACAAAUAUUUAGAAGCCCUAUUUGGAUUAUUGGAAAAGAACAAAUACUGCAGCCUUGGCCCCCUUGCAGAGUUGCAAACUCAUUGAUCUGUGUGAUAUAAGGUACAGAACGUUGAUCCAUGCUUCCCCUAUCCUACCGAACUUUGCAACAUGUCAAGCUUUUUAUUUUAUUUAUUUUUUAUUUUUUGACCACAUCAUAUCUGUGUACCGGUAGGCCUUUGAAGCAACACAGGUUUAAAUUAUUCCACUCAAAAGAGACAGAGACACACAGAGAGAUGAUCGUUUAUUGACAACUUUCAUGUAUACAUUAACAAACAAUGCAGACAUAACUCCACAGGGUUCCCCUUGGCAUGUACACUAUCCCUUUCAAGUUGAAUCAACAUUUGGAGCGCAUUUUUUGAUGUCAUGCAGGAUACAAAUAUAAUAUUACGUCAUGUUUUAUUUGUUUUUCAGGAUGAGAAUAUUCAUGUACUUGUAUGUAUGUAUGAUUAUUGAGAUGAUGGCUGUCAAAUCAAAUCAUGUUAAUGUGUUCAUAGAGAGUGUGUGGGAAGGAGGAUUAAAAGAAUUAUCGAGAUACCUGAAGAA